ACUCUACAUUUCUUCACAGCGAAGCGCUUGACUGACCCUUCGUGCCGUUCGCUGCUUGUUUUGAGACUGUCCUGGUUUCUCGAGCUUCUGUCUCACCGGUGGACGUCCAGAGAAAAUCACGCGCCUCGUCCGGAAGCAGAGAGGUAGAACUGCCAGCAACUUGCUGUUCUGCGCUUCGUACAUCGUCCCCAACAGUCCAGAAAGGUUUUGCUGCAUCAGAAACCCGUCUGUCUGCGCGACCCUGCUGCAUACAACCGUGUCGUGUCUUCGAUCCGUUGUUGUUCUUUGCCCGCCUCCCGACAGAAGAAAAGUAUAUCCACGCGUCGCCGGCCGGCGUUUUCUUUUCGGAAUUUCUCUGAGCAGUGACACGCAUCAUCUGACUCCUUCUGCGGACCCAGCGCACCCUCUGCCAACUACUUCGCGUUUGUGGAGCCUGGACUCCACAGAGUCUGUUGAUGAUUGACCGCUUGAGUUGCUGGUUUCCUCGACACACGAUGAACUUUGUCAAGAGCAGCGUCUACCAGCAAGAAAUCACCUCGGAGGGGGUGAAGGAAAAAGAAAUUGUAACUCGAACUAAGGAAGAGAUCGCUCUCGAAGAGCGCUUGAAAAAUCUCCCCGAGUUCCAGCGCCAAAACCAUUUCCUCAGUUUUGCAGAGGUCAAAUACGAUGACGCCAGCAUCGCAGAGAAGAAGGAAGGAUACAAUCCUGAUGUCCCCGCUGCGGUGACCGAGGAAGAGUUUGAAUACUACGAAGCCUUGGCUGCACAGGACAGACGCCGUCAGAAGCAGCGCCAGCAAGAAGAGAAAGACAUGCAGAACGAGUUUUUGAAGGCCAGGAAGGAGAUGGAGGAGCAGCGGAGACAGGCACAGACAGAAGCGCGCUCCUUCGUGUCGCCUCUCGCUGCAUCCCCUGUGGGGGGUCUGCACGCACGGAGGGGAGAGCUGACCCCCGAGACAGCCGCGAGUCUCGCCGUAAAGAUUCACUCAGCCACGCCACAAGGACAUGCACCAUGUUCCAGCAUGGGAGCGCGCAUCUUCGAUCUCACUUCCAAGCGAAAACUGGUGACACCGGCGCAGAAGCGCUCAAACGCUGCACUCACAGAGUCUCCUGGAAUGUCCGGUUUUCCUUCGACAGUGAAGAGAGUUCGGCGAAAUGGAGAGGCAGAGAGUGAAUUGCAUGCACCAGCUACGGGGUCACGCCAAGACGACGCUUCCGUCUCUGGGCCUCCAGAAGAGACAUCUGAAGCUCCAUUCCCCACUGGCGGUCUUCAGGACUUGAUGGGGGGCUACUCAGAUGACGAAGAAGAGAAGGAAGAGAAAAACGAACAGAAACAGGAAGAAAAAGAGGAAGAGAAAGAGGAAGAAGAGGUAGCUAGGCGCGACGGGGAGGGAGGAAAGGGAGAGACGAAAGAGACGAAGGGUCCGGGUGGGAAGUGAGGAGAAAGAGGAAGAAAGAAAGAACAACCAGGAAGAGAAAGAACAGAACGGAGGUGAAGACUGGAAACAGAAAGAAGAAGAGGAAUCUUAACGAGCUUCGAGGACGACAAAGGGAGUAGGCGAGCGUGAGUCACGAGACAACAAGAAGAGGGAGAAAAAUCCUUUUCGUUAUGUGAGAAGAAAGACGCUUCAAAGAGGAGGCUGGAGUCGGAGAAAUAAAUCUGUGAAUAGAAGAGGGGAGAGAGACUAAGAGGAGGCGCGCCGCUGCCUUGAAAUGCAUUAAGCAAACUAGGCAGCAGCCAACUGUAUUUCUCUGAAACGUUCGCUGAAGCAACUCGUGGCUUGGCAGUCCAGAAACGUGAUGUAGAGACACGUGGAGACGUGCAUGCGUCUGGAGAUGCAGUUCUGCAGAGAUUGAUUGAGCACCUCUUUGAUGGCAUGAAAAAGCCAGUCGCGUCAACCGUCAGCCUUUGCUGCCGCUGCGUCCAGAGUCUUCAAUGUCUCUUUUGUAAUCUCGCUUUUCUUAAAGGAAAAUUUCUUGGUUCUGGUGUUUUCGAUCGUCCUUGCCUGCUUGCCUUCUCGGGUGUCUUCUGUCUGUGCCCGUCUCUGACGUUUUCUCACACAUGCAUACGCCAUGAAGCACCUGUUAAACGCACCUAUUGACGCAUGCACGCAUUUAAUUAAAUAGUUG